AUGGCGUGCAACCCUACGACUUAUAAUGGAAAGAUUGAUCCGAUAGAGUGCCAAAGAUGGAUUUCAAAUAUAGAAGCGGUGUUCAUACGAAGUCAUUGCGAUGAGGAAGACCAAGUGAUGUUCGCUAUGGGUCAACUCCUUUUACAAGCGAAGGAUUGGUGGGAUGCUUAUUGUAAGGAGAUAGGUGAAGACAAGCUUCAGACAAUGACUUGGCAGGAGUUCAAGGAACCCUUUCUGAAAUAUCAUUGUCCUCAAUCAGCCGUUGAUAGGAUUCAGGAGGACUUCUUACGCCUCCGGCAGAAAAAUGAAAUGAUCAAUGAAAUAACAAAUACCUUCUUGGAUAAGAUGAAGUUCUGCGAGGAUUUUGUGAAGACGGAAAGGAUGAAAAUCAACCGCUACCAUGGCAUAUUAAAGGCUGAAUAUAGGGAGAUUAUCACUCCCUCAAAAUGUGAAACCCUUGAUGAGCUUAUUAAUUGGACUCGGGAUAGAGAAAUCGAGCUUAAAAGACAGGAGGAAAUGUCAUCUUCCAGUACAGUGUUUGUUACUCUUCUCCUUUUGUGCUUUGGAGAGGUUGGUGGUGUUUUUGUGGGUUAA